AUGCUGCCACCAGCACCCGAUGGGCUGAAAAUUGCUCAGGCCCGCUUGAGUGGAGCGCUGCUACCGGAUCAGCCAAGCAAAGGUGCUGGCCCAGAUGACCGCCUGGACCUGGCACAUAACGGCUGUCCUCCACGAAAGCGAGGCUAUGAUCACUACAUCAAGCUAGAGCCAAAUGCCGGCCGUGUGCUUGAGGCUGCUGCGGGAGUGACUGGCGUGCCCACAGACCACCUCCUGGUGGCUGCUCUCGCUGCAGCCUUAAGCGCAGCAGCAGGACUUGCUGAGGUUAAACUCAGCCUGAUUGUCCCAAUGCGUGAUGGUCCGGGCCAUGGUCAGGCCGUUGCCAAUCUUGCAUCCACGCGACACUUGAGCGUUUGGGUGCAUGGCAGGUCGCUGAUUGAGAUUGCCCUAGACUUGUCAAUGCGCUUCCGUCGCAGAGAUUGGCAAAUCAGCCAGCUGCUAGAUGACGACGGCGAUAGGCUCUUCAUCAACUUGCGCAGCAUUCCUGCCUUCGAUGGUGCCUCGCCCGUCAUCGAGCCUCAAGACACGACGCGCAGCCCGACUCGCUUCGUCAGGAACAUUGUGGAGAUGUUCGCAGACCAGGAGACGCUGCACUCCUGGACUCUGUGGCUUGGCCUCCGCGAUGACGUAAGCGGGGAGGUCUUCAGCCGUGUCACGGGCCCGGAGACUGAAUUGUAUGGCGAGUAUGGGGAAGAUAAACAGAAGGGCAUACGGGUGAACGGAGAGGAUAAAGGCAAGGGAAAGGAGGACAACUUCGUGUUCCAGUUCGUUUACGCCAAUGUGCAAAGGUCUUGCAACGAGUCCUCUGAGCGCUCUGGAGCGGAUGUGAUCUGCGCGGUGAAAAUUGGCUUCGCAGAUGUCCGCCAGGCUGUGUCCACGAUGUCUUGUAGCAGCCACUUCGGAGUUUGUUUGGUUGACCUGUACGUUGGACUUGUUCGACACAACAAUUAUCUUCAGCGUCGGCAGAAAUCGGCCAUCCUGGCCUGGAGCGCAUGGGAUGAAGUCUUCCUGGCUCCCCGACAAUUUCCGCAGAUGGCGCCGAUAAGCGUGGAUGUUGACAAGGUUUCUCUGGAGGACCAGCCGAUGACAGUUGAAAACGAGCUCCUACCCGCGCUGCCCAUGGAGUCGCGGCGUGUGCUCAUGGAGCAACAGCCCCAUCCAGGCUUUGGCGCUGCCGCAUAUUGGCUCUGGAAAGCAUGCAGCUUCUCAGAUGCAAUGAGCUGCAUCUUGGAUGGCGGGAUAGGUGAGUGCGCGCCCAAGAGCAAGCAGCAGUCGAUAUGUUCUGGCAAGACGCUAGCUUACCUGCUGCCUGCACUCCAACGUGCUCGUGAAGCAGAUGAGGACGCUGACGAGACCAGCACAGGCUCCGAGCAACGAGUACAGCAACGGAAACCACAGCACUACAUUGGCAGCUAUGCGUUGCACAGCAUUGCCCUGUUUGCUUUAUCAAGGGAGCUGGCGGUUCAGACCUUGGCGGAGGCUGAGGAUUUGCUCGACGUUUUCGACAAAGAAGAUGCGGAGGACGUUAAAGACCUGUUGGGCCGCGUUGAGGUCGUUGUGUUGGACGAGUUGGAUGAGCUCUUGCCAAAGCGCAAGUACACAGGGAGGAAGCUGGCGAGGUACCAAGAUCCUGGAAUGUGGCCAGCAGAGGGGCUCUUGAAGCGUUUGAUGAGGAACAACGAAAGGGAGAGUUUGCAAGUGGUUGCAGCUUCCGCUACCGCAUACCGUUCAAGCCGAUUGAGGCUAGAGAAGGUGCUGAAGCGGGACAAGCUGAAGCGCUUUCCAGUUCCCUUGCCACGACUAGAUCCACAGCGCAGCUCUGCAGCUAGCGUGGAGGCUGCAGCAGCAGCAAGGAGUGUCGCGGAGGACGAGGAAGUCGAAGAGCGCCAAGCGUUGGAAGAGGACGUGCGUGAGAGAAGCAUGUACCGGGCGCUACCGGGCUCCACUUGCAGAACCACUGCCGACGAGAGUGGGGCAGAGCGGGGUGAGGAGGGACGUGAUCCGCAUCUGUUCAAGGUCGGCAUUCAGCAUCUUACCUGGAAGGCUGGCUGUCUGGAUGAGCAUGAGCAUAAGUUCCGCUCAGUGGAAGCCAUGCCGCUGCACUUAGCGCAGCUUUGGAUCUGUUGCGGCCACAGGCGAGCGGCGGCCCUGGUGUUUGUUUGUCCGAACGCUGGGGAGACAGUGAAAAGCGUUGUGCAGGACCUCCAGACAGCUGGUUGGUCAGGCGCAGAUGCGCUGACCCGACUGUUGUUCCCGGACUCGCGAACGGUGUCCGGGAAGGCUUCGAAGCAGAGGGGCGAGGCGAAAGGCUGGCGAAGUGCCAACCGACUUCUGGAUGUUCGGGACACCACAAGGCGAGGAUAUCUCGCUGAAGGUGACUUCUACCGCGAGGCACCCAUCCUUGUCAGUGCUGAGGAAUCGGUUCGCGGACUCCACCUUGACGCUGUGGAGGCUGUCUUCAUCCUGGGCUUGCCGAAGAACGGUGGUGUGUUGGGUAAUUUCAUUUUGCUUGCAAAGCUCGGCCAUCGAAGCUCAGAUCGCCUUUCAGCUAUUGCCACCUUCCUACAGCCACCAUCAGCCACCUUCGUCCAGCCACCUGUAAGCUUCCAGAGCUUCCCUGCCAUGUGCGUUGUGAAGGUCGACUUUGACUGCUCCGUCCAAGGCAUCCGGGCUUUGUGGCAGCGAUUUUCAGAGCAGCAUGUAUUCUGGUUGGAUUCCCUGCGGUUCAGCGUCGAACGGUCUUCCCAUCCAGAGUCGCCUCUGGACGUGGAGGUUCGCGACGCGGCAGCGCUUUACAUCUUCAUAAGCGAUCGCGGAAGCUGCUGUGGCUCCGAUGCCUUCUACAGGCAAUACACCCGGGCUGUUGUCAUAGACCUUCCUUUCCAACAGCAUUAUGCCCUUCGCACAUUGGCAGGCUCUUUGUUAAAGCCGCGUAGGAUGGGACAUUGCAGCAUUUGCAAGCCGCAGCGCAAUAAUGACCUGGCUGCUCUUCCAGUUCCCACAAAGAAUGAUGACAGGGACACGUUUCUGGAAGAGGCGGCAGUUGGAGAGUCCCUGGUUCCUUCCCUCCAAAUGCCCCUUUUGGCCAUUGGCCUCGGCGGAUUUCCUGCUGCCGAUGCGCCUCGUGACCGCAUUGUGACCGGCAAGGAGAGCAUCUCGCACUUUGCGUGGGAACAAGCCCGCUUAAAGUCGCUGAAAGGCCAGGUCUUCCUGGACUACACCAAGUUCUCAGCCGCACAAGCUGCCUCAGCUUUCACGCGCCGCCUCUCUGGUGCGCUGCCAGACCCUCUGCCCAACAAGGAUGUCCUCUCUCCUUUAAGCGAUGGGUCCGCAAGCCCUGUGAGCAGCGUGGCGGCAGUCUACUGGUGCAGCCCGGAUUCGCCAAGUGGCACCGGCCCAGGUCCUUUCAGCCGGACAUUUUCUGACUGGACGCGAAGCUCCGACUGGCUCGGCAAGACUAUGAAGGAAGCUUGGAUAGCACAGGUCCGCUGUGGGACUGACUACAAGAACAAGCGCCAGCAUAUGACGACAGAUCCUGGCCACAUGCAGGCGGCAGGCUCGGAGGCGGUGUGGCAAAAUGACUUUGACAUGGCACGAAGUGAGCAAGCAAGGCAGAUGUACUGUGCUUCGAAGUUUGCAAAGAGUUAUGUGGGCUUUUUCGAGAUCACCAACGAAACGGUGGCACAGGUGAACAGUUCCUCGCCAGCGCCAUGUGUUCGUAUGUUUCGCAAAUUCUGCGAAGGACCCGGUGGAGAGCCUGGUUGUGCUCCAGACCAUCCUGACAGGAGUGCAUAUCGACGUCGCGACACCUCCAAGCGGAAGGACAUGGAUGCCGGACUGCUGCGAGCUGCGGGGUGGUGUUUGAACCAAGCCGAGCUCGGUGUUCCAGAAUUUCUUCACCAGUUCAACGGCAAGUCCUUCGUAAUCGCAGACAGCGGCUACGUCAUCAAAGAUCCUGACGGGGAGUGGCUGGAAGUGGGAUUUGAUGUUCGCAAGUUCCCCUUCCUGUUCGUUGACGUGCUGUACAACUUCCGGGACUUCAUCCCACUAGCAAAAUGCCAUUACGGUUUCACAGUCCAGGCCGUGGAAGAUGAGGACCUACCAGAAGGAAUCAUUUGUGACGUCUACAUGUCGGGGAUCAGCAUAACUGACGAUCCGAGGAUGAUCGAGCCUCCUGAGCCUGGGCCUUGUGAUAAUGCAAAGGCUGAAGUUCAGCUGUAUCUGGCGGUGCCGGUGCUGCGCAUCAGCACGGAUAUGCCGGUCGGACAGGGCGCCUGCCGCAUCCACGCGGAAGAGCCGUGGUCGUGGCGCAUGGUGCUUUGGUUUGUCUCAGGCAAAAAUCCGGUGACGAAGGGAUUCCUCACAGAGACUGGCAUCUCGAAGUGGGAAGCCAUGAGCCAUGGAAUCUCUCCACCAUGGCCCACCUGCCCGGUUUUGCUCGACGAGUUGUAUGGAGCCCGGCUUCAGGCUUUGCCCUCACCCCGCUCUCCGCCGCUACUCUCUCACGGGCACAAGGUGGUGCCAAAUUGUGUAAACCACGACGGCGAGCGUUACGGAUCGGCUGGAGCUGCUGACUCCACGAAGAGUGCAAAAUUCACGGAUGGCGUGGCAAAAACGAAGCAGAUCAAGAAAGUGCCUACAUGGAACGUGAAGACCUGGGUGGACGACCUCUACUCAGGGGAGGAAAAGAAGAAGCACCGGAGUGAGGCUGCUGCCCGGCUAGAUGCCGCACUUGGCGGGCCAGUGCGGCGCCUCCGAAAGCGGGUUUAG